GGUGUGGGUGAUACUUGUCCGUGGAUGGAGGAGCUGGGUUUCGGCUCAGACGAGGAUGGCGAUAGCACCACGGUUGAUGGAGGCAAGGACAACCUGAGGUUCACGAAAGAGGGCAUGAAGAGCAAAUGGAGGCCUUACCCUAAUAUCACCAUUGCGAUUCUUGCGAUCUAUGUUCGCCUGGCAUCCCCAUCGCGCGCGCAGCUACAUCUGCUGUUGGCCUGCCUGCGGUACGUAGACGAGGACGGAGUUGGACUGGCACCUGGCGACGUUCCGUUAAGCGCGGACCACUUCGAGAGAAAUACCAGGGUCCUCACGCCUCUUCUUAAAGUCGUCGAACGCAAGGUCAGGGAAAAGGACGGCACGGUCACCUCAGCGGUGUCAUUCUCCCCUGCUGCUCUUCUUCAAAGGUCGCUGGAGUCGCCAGGCACUGUAUCCGAUCUGCUAGCUAGCCGGGAGGGCCACGUGUUGACGGCGGAGGAAGGAGCAGACAACGGGGUCGUUGGUGAGCACAUCAUGCCCGUAGCCACUACGCCACUUGGCGGUCUGCGCCGCGGCUUCCUUCACGGGAGGAUUGCAGCAUCUUCGGCCCUCAUGAGUAUCGAGUCGCUCAGGGUCGGUCCCGAUGGAGGUGGAGGGAGUGUUGUUGUCGGGGAUACCGUGAUGGUCCUGUCCAGCGACGGCGGGAGUGAGCAGCUUCCACAUCGCCUAGCGGCCGUCACGUGGGACGAAGAGGAGGAACGCUUGGUGGCGAGGGUGAACCCGUUCCUUACGACAGAGGCCGCAUUAUUAAACAAUCCACCGGCAGUAGAAGAGGAACGACUGCCUCUUGUUUGGGAAGUUGUCACCGACGAUGGGGGCGAAAGGGUGGACCUCACCCGGAUCACGACGCGUUGCGACGUUAUUCCUCUUGCCCAAGAGGCCGGGGCCGGUUCGAGCGCUCGUCGGUUAUACACCUGCGCCGGGUUUAUUCGACCCGGGCGGAGCAAGGGCAUAUUCAGAAAAGUGUGGGCACCGGCCGGUAAACCUCGCCUUCUGGCGUGGAGGUUCGCCGGUCUGGACAACCUUUUCUUCGACCGGCGCGCCAAGGGCGUCUUCGCAAACACCUCUCAGCUUCCGGUCUUCUCGGUGCCCCUGGUAAUUUUUACCGAUGCCUUCAACUUUUUUCAGCGCAUCGGCAACGCCUUCUCGGUGAAUGCCACACACUUCAGCAUCGGGUCAACUACCCGGUCCCACCGCCGCCGCCUUUCAUCAUGGCACCUGAGCAACCUCGGGGCGCCCAGAGCAAGAUGGGAGGAGGAGCUGGAGCACCUGUUCAAGAUCAUUGGAAAGAUGCAAAACGGUUGCCGAGCGCGGCUGCGAAUCGGCGACAAAACGAUCACUGUGAGAAAAGGUCGUGCUUGCUUCACCGAGGACGCCGGGCGCCUCCUGGCGGCGCAGCGGGCAAAGGUGGACUUGAUCUUCGAAGUGCUUGGAGACAAGCUGGGCACGGUUCACCAGGGAUUACAUGUCCCAGGAAACAUCGACGACCUCGGGGAAGCGAUCAAUGUCAACACGGGAGAAGCACUGCACAAGACUCUCAAGAGCUUCGCGAAGUCGACGAGCGGCCGAGACAACAUCGUCCAUAUCGCCCGCCGCCUCAACACGCGUUUGGCCGCUGACGCGAUGAUGGAAGGUCUUGCGUGGGAAGCCCGCCGGUACGACAAUCGCGACGGCUGGGUUGUGUCAACCGUUCAAGCGAGCAGCCCUUGCCGAAAGCUACUGAAGACCCUGUCCGACACUCUGAGUCAUUCCCGGAAGCACGGUGUGGGCAGAGCUAGGGGCACUGUGAACUGGGAGAUGAGCAUCGCCCAGCACGGGGGGGAACUCGAAGCGACGUCGGGGUCAGAACGGUCUUGGAUGAGGGCGCUUGCGAUGGCCAUGCAACAAACAUUUCGACUGGAAGACCUAUACCAUACGUGGUACUCGUGCGGCAGGCUGCAUGGCGUCCAAGCGUUCUGCGGCAAGCCCCAGUGCCCACGGUGCUGGAAGUACAGAAACGUCGGCUUCCGUGAACAACGCGUCCGUUUCUCAAACAACUGGACGGGUGCACCGAGCGAGGUGUCUGGUGGGAGUGGUACACUGCGGGGCGGUAACGUGCAAAUCGCCAAGACGAACGACCGCCAAUGGAUGGCUGAAAGUGGCACGGACGUGGAGAUCUACUCCAAUCGCGACGCAAUGAUUUCGAACAAGCCAGGGCCGGCUGGCACCUGCUCAUUGGCGAGGGUAGCAUUCUUCGCGGAGCACGUCGGCAAUCCUCCGCUUGGGGUGGAUACAACCGGAGAGAAGACGUUGUGGGUGGCCGUUGCGGAGUACGUGACCGCCGGCAUCGGCCAAGACAAGUUCGUCGAUGCAGCUACGGGGCACCCAAUUAUGAGACGAAGGAAGCGGCUGUCCUUUUUCCCGGCGCGGGCUAUCCGCCGCGUGGUCCACAUGUACCACGUUUGUGUACCAAACAAAUGCAAGGCGGUGUCGGACGCGGGCAAGGCGCCGGUCUGGCGCCACGAUUUGUCGGGCGAAAACAACCGGUACAUCCACAACGAGCACUUUCACAGCGUGGCGGCGUCGAUCGAUGCCAACCCGUUACCGCCUUUCUCCUGGAGCGACCGCAACAGGGAAGAUGCGGUUGUGGCGGCGCAGAUGACAGCCCCGCCUGACAUCUCCGCGCUUGCCGCCCACACGAGGUGGCGAUGGUACGUUCAGGAGCUCGGCACAGUACACGGACCGGAACAGGAUGCCGCCGCCACCAAUGCCGCCAGUGCUGCUGAUAGCGGCAACGCCGGCGAAGGACACCAGGGCGACGUAGCGGCGUAGUGCAGGUGAGGCUGUUGCGGCAGGCCAUAUCUGGAUAUGUGUUUUGUUUGGCGGCGGGGGACGGAGAAGCAUGCCGUCCAUCUUGGAACCAGACCCUGAGCAGUGAAUGCGCGAGCGCUCCAUACUCGACACCAGCGCCGGAUACGUGCUGCUCCACCGAUGCUAUAAUAACAAUAUCGCGUUGUUAUUGAUCCUCUCGCCUCUCUCAUCGUGUACAAGCCCCUACCAUACCCUGAUCGUCAUCAUACCCUCCUCUCCCCACAUCAAUCAGUCCAAGCAAGGGGCAGCCGCGACGGCUGCGGGGGAGGCGGAGGCGGUGCUGCUAUCGUCAACGGAGGGGGAAGGCGGUGCGAGGCACCAACUAUAGGCAGGUAUAGUUGCUUCCUCUGUUCUUGCGGCCUCAUCCGUCCCGCAGACGUAUAGCUGCUUGCGUAAACACCUACGUAGAGUAGAGUCCAGCAAGCAUUGCAUGCACGCUGCGCCAAGGGGUGUCGUUUGGUUCAUGUCCGCCUGCUUCAUAUGAAGUGUGAUCCCGGCUGAGUCAUCCUGAAAAACACACCAAAUGGUGGACCGGUUGGACGAGACAGACAAACAAAAACGACAAGGUAACGCGUGUCCUUUUGGCGAUUGUUGCCCUGCGUCAAGAUUCCGAGGCGUCUUUUGAUUUUGUGGACAGCCGGCCGGUCGGCGUGGUUGGUGCUUGCUAUGUAUGACGGAAACCCGCACACACGUGUGCCACAGUUUGUUGGGUGUGUGUUUCGCGUUGUUCGGUCGUGUUUGCGUACCAGUUCCAGCUGGGUCGAGGCCGUGUUUUAUGAAUAACUUUUUAUGCGCGACGCCGUUCGUGAGGCUCGUGCCCCCUGUCCCUGCCUAUGUCCUUCUCGCACACACACACACCCCUCAACAACAUGCGUACCUCGCCUC